UCUGCAGAGAAUCCCUCUGGAUGGAGACAGAUCUGAGCCCAACUCUCAACAUUCAUCAGUCAUGAAAUCUCGAGUUCUCCAGGUGAAAUAGGAAUCAGGUGAUUUGAUUCAUUGAAAACUUGAUUCCUCAUUCAGUUCUACUAAAAAAUAAAAUAUCAACAAACAACAGUUAACCCAGCAAAAAAAAAGGUAAUUUCAAAAUCAACAACACACACUUUGCAAAGCACUAAUUUCUGCUUUAGACACAGGAAACACGUGACAAUGUGUUUUUUGUCAUUUCCAAAGACUUUAAAAUGCCUCAGGCACAAAUGAUGCUGCUUGUAAUGCACAUUCAGACAGAGGGAAACAUCUUCAUUUAUUCUGAAGCCUAAGAUGAAACAUUUGCUACAGGAAACUGAUUCAUAAUCAAGUGGGUCAAGUGGGUUGGGUCUUCUUAUAGUUGUCUUCAUGAGAAAAUUCCCUUAGCCCACACCUCCAUCAGGAUGCUACAAUUAUUACCUCACCCGCUCCCACACUGGAGAGUGAAUGAAGCUGUCUAGUCUUUACUGCACCUUAAAAUUCGUCCAGAUUUCAACAGAGCGUCAUGAUUUCAUGAUAUUCUGCUCCUCAGAGCGAGAAAUAGGCUUCAGUAAAAUAACAAGAAACUCCAAAUAUGUUCCUCGUUCUUGCAUUUCUCUGAAAAAGGGAAGUCGUUUCUGACGUAUCUCUGUUGCCAAAUAAAAGUCCAAUCUACAAAUACGUGUUUUUACUCCUCUGCUUCGUCGAUGUUUGUCACUACUUGUGGCUCCAUUGUGCAAAAUAGCCUGGAACGUUUCAGGCUGUGCUGCUUUGGGGACAAUUUAGUGUUCAUGAAUUUAGCUUUGACAUCACUCUGUGGGCACCGCCAAAAACAUAUGUGAGCUUACAACAGAGGAAAACAACAGGAAAAGGAAAUAACACAUGACCAAAAGAGGAGAAAAGAGAAGACUAAUGGACCUACAAACACACUUUUCUCUCCUGAACAUGGAUCUGCUGCUGGUGCUGCUGGUGCUGCUGUUCAGCUCAGGGCUGCAAGGUGAUGAAACGUACAACUACAGAGGAUCUCAGUGUGAAAUGGCCAAAGCGGACAUUGUGAUGCUAGUGGAUGGUUCUGGGAGUAUUACCCAGGAUGACUUUCAAAGAAUGAAAUCAUUUCUAUCUGAGAUGGUUCAAAACUUCCCYAUCGGUCCCAACAAAGUCCAAAUAGGUUUGACUCAGUUCAGUUUCAAGUUCAAAACUGAGUGGAACCUGAACAGCCACAGCARCAAGCAGUCCCUGCUGCAGGCCAUUGACCAGAUACGACAAUUAACAGGAGACACAAUGACAGGACAAGCUCUGGAUUACAUCCGUAACCACAGCUUCAAACCCGGGGUGGGAAUGCGUCCAGCCUCAAAAAGAAUUGUUGUUCUGAUGACUGAUGGAGAAGCUCAGGACAAAGUAGAAAUCCCAGCAAAGAAUCUGAAAGACACUGGGAUCGAGGUUUUUGUUAUUGGUGUGGGCRAUGCUUUUAGCACACAGAGGGCCCUUGAUGAACUGAGGACCAUCGCUUCUGAAGACGUCAAAUGUCAUCUUUACCUUAUUUYGACUUUCCAAUCCCUCCUUGAUGCUGCCUCCAAUAUCUCCACCAGCAUCUGCCAUGCUGCUACUGAKCUGAAACAACUUCUCAGUUACAAUCCAACAGUUUUUAUCAUCAGACUGGUGGUCCUGCUGCUGACUCUGAUGAUCUUCAGCUCACUGAUUUUCUACACCCAUAAGACCACCAGRGGGAAGCAGAGAGUCCAACAGAAUGACACGGAGCUGGAAUAUUACAAUCUCGGUGUUGSAGGUGUUCCGGAAGMGUCACCAUGAUGCUUUGACGUGGUGGUGAAGGCAAUUACGACAACAGAAAAAGAUUAUYAUUGACCUCGAUUAUAAAUCCAUCAGAAUGCCUGAGUGAUGUGUUUAGUUGUAACCAGCUAACUGCUAAUUUAGCUUGUGUGAAUUAACUUCAGCCUAUUGAUUAUUGUUUUUAUUUUGGGGUCUUAAUGCCAUUGUAUAAUCUUUUAUAAUCCCUACAAUGUUGCUAUGAAAGUUGUUACAGUUUUGUGAAUGUUUGCRCGAUCAAAUUCAGCCAUUCGACUCCAUUUGCCUCUGGGAUUUCCUUGAAUCUCCCGAGUUAGGGUCACACUGCUGAACUGGUUUCCAGUCUGUUACUGGUCCCCUUGAUGGAAAAGUUUAAAUUUAGCAAUCAAGGGACAGCUUUCUCAUGAUUACAAAGCUCAUUUCACUGCAAUGUUGCA